CGACGAUAUUCUGUGACGAAGCCGGGCCGCCAGCGCCCCGACGCAUAGAUAAAGAUCGCCCGCGUCAGGACAAUUAACGUGGCCGAGUGCGUGAGCAUGUUCCAGCCUGUGUGUUUACAUAUUUUUGCGGGUAGAAAAAAAUAUUUUUUUGCUGUUUGUGAACCAAUUAAAGAAAUAAUAUUAUAUUAUUGAGCUUCCGCAUUUAUAUAAUAAAUAUGUUCAAAAUACAUUGAUGUGGCAUUGGUGCGGCCAGCCUAUGUCCAGCAAAUCAAUAUUGAACCACGAAUUCGCAGCUCUUGCGCAUCUGUAUGUAAGUAAUUUGUGGUAGUAGUGUGUAUUAUCCUUGGCAGUAGUGUGUAUUAUCCUUGGAACACGACAAGACAAAAAUCUAACCUCCAAAUAAGUACCGAGCAGUUUCGUUUCGUCGUUUCAUUUGAAAUUUUUGCCGUAAACAAAGCCAAGUAAAUUUUAAAUUUUGUUUAUUUUAUGUUCAUGUUGAUUGUUGGUCUAUGUGGAAUUUUAAUAAGAUUUUUUUUUAAAUAAACAAAGAUACAAAUGAGAAAUGGACCUUAAAAGAAAAGGCUUCUCAGGACCAAAAACCGAUUCACCUGACCAUCCUGAUAUAGUGCCUCCUACCCCUCCAAGAAAAUACAGAAACAAAUCAUUUGAUAGGCUUAGAUUUCUAAGAGGUUCCUCCAGUGGUAUAAGCUCCGAUGAAAGUUAUGGCAUAGACCGAGGCAUAAAGGUACCUUUAGACCUAUCUCCUAUCCCAAAUGAGAAGACCGCAUCGAAAAGACUUUGGCAAUCAAAUACUACACAUAAAAUACAUGAAGGAAAACGAUUCAAAAUGGAUAAAAAAACAUCGACUCAAAAUCAAAAAUGUAAUGAGACUGCAUCGGCUUUACAAGAUACUUUAGAUAAUUUGGAUAUAUCAAUUAUUUUUAAAAACGGAAGUUCCCAUUUGAAUAAAGCAACUGGCAGUAAAAUAGAUUCAAUGCCAAAACAACCUCAUCCGAAACCAAUAUGUGAAGAUGACGACUUGUUUUCACAAUCAUUCAAUACCCAACAAAUCAACCAAAUAGAUUUAGCAAUGAUCCAAGAUGAAGACAAAGAAAGUAAAUCUUCAUUCGAAAAUGAAAAAGAAAAUUUUAAUAGCAAACAUGAAGUUCCAAAAGAUGAGUUUUUCAAAAUGCCUAUUUUAAAAUCUUUCCGCGAAAGAGCAGCAACUAUUAAAGCUAAAAAGGAUAAAACUAUUGAUAGGUCCCUAUUAUUCAAUGAUGAGACUGUAACUAGUAUUUACAAGAAGGAAGUAGAUCAGCUUUUUGAGCAAAUAGAACACUCAAUUUGUGCAAUGGGUACAGUGGAUUAUGAAAAUACAAUUUCAGAUAAAGUGUUAGAUGUGUUUUUUGCUGAGGAUCACAAAUCUUCUGAAAUUGAUUUCAAUGAGAAUAAACUACAAGAAGAAUUACAGAGAAGCCUAACAGAUAGAUCAGCAACUAGUGAUGAUAGUCUUUUGAGCAACCUAAGUUUAGGAGCCGCUUUGAAAGAAGCUUUGAGGAAUAAUGCUUCAAAAAAUAUCGAGGCUGCUAAAGGAAAUAUCAAUAAUGCUGAUUUGACUUUGAAUAUGAGUGUACCGGAUUCUGAAUUUAGAAAAUUUGGACAAUUUUAUGAUUUGCCUGACAAGGCUAAGGAUUUGAUUAAACAGUAUAAGGGAAUUGAGAAAUUAUAUGAUUGGCAAGAAGAAUGUCUAAACCUAGCAAUAAAUAACCGUAAGAAUUUAAUUUACGCUUUACCUACCAGUGGUGGUAAAACUUUGGUAGCUGAGAUUUUGAUGUUAAGAGAAAUACUAUGUUAUCAACGGAACGCCAUUCUUAUUUUGCCUUAUGUUGCUAUCGUACAAGAAAAGGUUUGGGAUUUUUCACCUUUUGGGGUUGCUCUAGAUUUCUUAGUAGAAGAGUAUGCUUCAAGCAAAGGUGUAUUUCCUCCAAGAAAACGUCGCAGAAAACGCUCAGUCUACAUAGCAACAAUUGAAAAAGCUUUAGGCUUAGUAAACAGUCUUAUAGAAAGUGGAAGACUAAAUGAAAUUGGAUUAAUUGUAAUUGAUGAAUUGCAUUUAAUAGGCGAAGAAGGCCGUGGGUCUACAUUGGAAGCUUGUUUAGCCAAAAUAUUAAUUGCGAAAGGAAAUAUUCAAAUAAUCGGAAUGAGUGCAACUAUAGGAAAUAUUAUGGAUUUAUCUAAAUUUCUAAAUGCAGAAGUGUACACCAAAAAUUUUAGGCCUGUUGAACUUACUGAAUAUGUUAAAUGUGAAAAUAUGAUCGCUAAAAUUAAUUGGAAUUAUGCUGAUGAAAAUGAUAUAUUGAUAGAGGCUAAUAAAGUAGACUAUAUGUAUUCUGAAGCUAUCAAAAAGCUAGAUCCAGAUAUGCUAGGCGGGUUAGUCUUGGAGGUAAUACCCAAAGGAUCAUGUUUGGUAUUUUGUGCCUCAAAAAAUAAUUGUGAAAAUGUGGUUCAUCUUUUAUGUAAACUCACUCAACCGCAUUUGAAAGAAUAUAAAAAAGAUGAUAAAAUCCAACUAUUAGAAGCACUAAAAGGUGAAGCAGGGGAAUUGUGUCGAACUUUAAAAGUGUCAGUGCCUUUUGGAAUUGCUUAUCAUCAUUCUGGUUUAACUAGUGAAGAAAGGCGGUUAUUGGAAGAUGCGUUUCGAGCAGGAACUAUCUCUGUUAUCUGUUGCACUUCCACAUUAGCAGCUGGAGUCAAUUUACCUGCGAAACGAGUUCUACUAAGAUCGCCAUACAUUGGCAGAGAGUUUAUAAACCUCUCACGCUACAAACAAAUGGCAGGUAGGGCAGGUCGAGCAGGAUUCGAAGAAACUGGCGAAAGUAUAAUCGUGACAUCGAAAGCCGAUUUACCGAAAGUGAAGGAACUUUUAAUGAGCCCAAUGAAUAAAGCUAUGUCCAGCAUGCACCUUUUUGAGGGAAGAGGACUGCGGCAUCUAUUGCUCAGUUGUAUAAGCUUAGGAAUAGCAAACACGAGAGUACAAUUGCAUAAAGUGGCCCAAUCUACACUAAUGGCUGUGCAAGUAGAUAAAUUAGACAUUAAUAUUAAGCAACUCACAGAUGGUAUUAUUAAAAAGUUGUUCAAAAUGGGAGCCUUGGAAGAAGGAACUGAUAAAGGUAAUAGAAAAAGCCUGGAAUCUCAAUGUAAUGUUACUGUAAAGUUGGAUAGUACAUUUGCUCCUGAUUUAGACGCUUCGUUAAACAGUCUAGCUAGUACAAGUGCAAAACCAAAACGAAGAUUAAUGUUAACUAAUAAUACAAAACUGGUGGUCAGUAGCCUUGGAACUGCAGCAAUUAAAGGAGGAUUGGAUCUAUCUCGAGCCCACCAGCUGUAUGACGAUCUCUAUCAAGCCCAAAAAAGUCUGGUUCUAUUAAACUGUCUGCAUUUGUUGUAUUUAGUGACUCCUUAUGAAACUUCAGAACAUAUUAAACCAAAUAUACAGGUGUAUUAUGAUGUGUUGACACAUUUAAAUGAAAAAGAGGCGCAAACAUCAAGAAUUUUAGGCUUUGAUGAAGCAGCUACCUGUAAAAUGGCUACUGGAAAAGCUACAAAGCAAAUUCCUGAAAGUAUCCAAAACAGAUUCUAUGUCACUCUGAUGCUUUAUGAUCUUUGGAAUGAAAUGCCUGUGUUUAAAGUAUCAGAAAAAUAUCAGAUUAAUAGAGGUAUUGUUCAAAAUCUAAUGACAAAUUCAUCCACAUUUUCCUCAAACGUUGUUCAUUUUUGUGAAGAAUUGGAGGAAUUUUGGGCAUUUGGGCAUCUUUUGAAAGGGAUGAGCCAACGCUUAUCACAUUGUUGCGUCAGAGAGUUGGUGCCGCUUAUGGAAUUACCAUCAGUAAAACAAAGUCGAGCGAAACAACUUUAUGCUGCUGGAUACAAGAAACUGCAAAGUAUUGCCAAAGCUAGUGUCAGUGAAUUGGUAGAAAAUAUUGAGCAUAUGACUAGGAGAACAGCUGGACAGCUUAUAGCAGCUGCAAAGAUGUUGCUUUUAGAAAAAGUUGAAAAUCUUCGUGAAGAAGCAGAAGACGUGUUAGAUGGGGUUGAAUUUCCUAGACAGUUGUCGAAUGUUACUAAUAUUUCCUCUAAAUAAUCAUUUGAUCUCAGAUAAAAUAGUAGGUGGUUACUUUUUAUACAAAAUUAGCCUAAUAAGUAGUGUAGGUAUUUAUUUUUAUUUUAAAAGGAUACAUUUUUAGUUUAGUAUUAUUAGUCUUGCUGCAAAUUUAAUACAUAUGUAUUUAUUUAUUUUAUGUUUAUGGUUAUUCUGUUCUUUAUUAUUUAUUUUUGUUACUAUAUUAGGUAAGUACUUACAAAAAGAA